AUGUCACCAUCUCCCGAUGCACCCGAUCCUCCUCGCUCCCGUCAUCCAUCCGGACGAGUGUCCACCGGUCGAUCUACCGCACCCGAUCCUCUUCCAGGUGGGAGAGCUCCAGAUCCCACGCCCAUCACCAGUGUAUCUACUCAACCAGCUCGAUCGGUCUUCCCAGAGCACGAGGUUGACGAGCGACUCCGACCUCUUGAAGGUCAAGAAGUCUAUACUCCACCUCCUUCCCCUGGACCAUCUGGUGUACAGAACGACGUUCAUGGUGACAGUGGCUCACGAAGAUCGUCUGUCGUAGUUGGAACCAACGAUGAUAUGGACGAGUCAACUAAUCAAGAGAGAUAUAUCACUCGUAUUCCCGAAGAAGGUGAAGUUCACAAUCAACAAACCUCCCGAGAGGGUUCGUCUAUGGAUAUGGAUAGUGACAUUGAUCAAAACCCUCAACAACAAUAUACCUCUCUACCCUCAGCACAAGAGAUGGAAGGUCGUUCACCGCCUGACGCACCUCGUACACCCAUCUCGAGAGAUUUCUCACCACCCUCCCAAACUAGUCAAGAAGAGAUGUCUUCACCUACCUUCCAUAUCGAACAUGAACAUGGGUAUGGACACCGACAUCGACCUGUACCGAGCGGACCUACAUCUCCCCAAUUCUUAGAUGACAGUCAUAUCCCUCAAGGCCGGGAUGUUCAACAUCAAGACAAGAUGGAGGCUGAAGAUGAACCUAAAGAUCAUAUGCGACUGAGGGGUGGUGGCUUCUCUGAGACACUCGAUAGAUGGCAUGGAUUUGGAGAGUUCAAAGACCUGAGAAGAGCCAAUUUGAGCGACCAACACAGGUAUAGGAAAAGGGCUCCCCUCGUAUCACUUCCAGACGAUCCCCCGAUUGUUUUACCGAACUUUGCUCAGAAGCGAGCUGAGUUCUUAGCUGCUCAAAAAGCGGCCGCCGAAGGAGAAGAUGCGAUUCAAGAAGAUGGAAUCCUCUCUCGUCGAUCAUCAGCAGAAACUAUCAAGAUCGCUCAAGAAAAAACGGAAUCGGACGAUCUUGAAGUUCUGUCAUACUCUUUAGAAUUGCCCAUUACCGCUUUAUUCUCUCAAGGUGAUACCCUGUCGGAACGAAAACUCAGGUUGAGAGGAGGUAGCCAUUUCGAACUGUCUUCCGACUCUGGCCCUUCGACGGGUCAGCAGAUCGGAAACUUUCUUGGACAGCAGACCGAUGAAGCAUCCGACGAUCGCAACUCUGAAGAGCAGGAGUCCGCUACUUAUAAAGGAAGUAAAGCGACAGUGCCUAUCUUGAAGUACCGACCUCCCAAAAAUAGCCCGGUUCAUCCAAAGCCUCCAUCUGGACAAGUAACAAUACCUGCCAAUCAUGGCUCGAAAGUGCAAGGUAUCGCCUCUCCGGCAAAAUGGUAUACCAGACCGUUCUCGAUGGUCAAACGAGGUGGUCUGAAAGCUUUCAACCUGCUGUUCUCCUCAAGACUGCGAGGUAACACUCAUUCCCCAGCCACUCCUCAAGCUGGACCGCCAGAAAGGCCACGAAGGUUCGGAAGUGAUACUGAAAGAAGUGAUGAUCCCCAUUCUUCUUCGCCUACUACCUCCACUGCUGCUCAAGGGCAAAUCGCCUCUCCAACUUCGGCACAAGGAACGGUCAUCAGCACGCCACCUGAGCAGCAUAAUGCGCUAGGCUACGACGUUGAGCCUCCUGCGGUCCCGACCUCACCCAUUCGAGGGGAUUCGAAGCCUGUGCAAUCAUCAGCUCUAACACCCACUUUUUCACCGAUGACUGAUCAUGGUCCGGGAAAAUCUACCCGUCCCUUUGGUGAAGCUGGUGACAACCAUCCGGGCACCGAAAGGCCGUCAACAUCGAGACAGACUUCAGCUCCACCUGAAACAGUCGCUCCUGGACCAUCCGCUGAUUCUUCUCAUCCUCCCCCUCAACCGUUGAGACGCUCUACUAGUGAUGUCUUGUGGAUGGAUAAGCUUCGGGGCCUUUUCCGAUACUCUAGAAACCGAUCUGAAACCGACACCUCUGCCACAAGGACUCAAGGUGAAAGCCCUACGACGAUCUUUCAAGAUCCAAGCUUAGUUGAAGGAAGACGAGCUAGGGGUUUAUCUUUGACUGAAGGUGGGACUUAUACGACUGCGACUACUGCUACAUCGUCUGUCCCAACUAUUCCCUCCACACCUGCACGACCCCCCGGUCCUGGACCAUCUACUGGACCGAGAACCUUAGAACAGCUCGAGGAAGAGCGAGAGGCAUGGUGUUGCGGUUGGAGGGCUCCUCGUCUCAAACAAAGCACGGCGAUGGAAAGAUCAAGUGGUCAAGGUCCAGCUGUGGACAUAGGCUCUCGUGAUAGCAGAUUGAUCAGACUAUCCGAGUUUCUCCUUCCAUGCAUCAAGCCUAGAGUCGAGGAAGCGGAAAGAAGAGUAGAAGAGGCCGUCUCUGCAGGGGAAGACGACGAAGAGCGAAGCGAAGAAAGUAGCGAGAGCGGCGGCAAGGGAAAAGGUAAAGAUAAAGCUAAAGGAAAGGGGAAAAAGAAGAGUCCUGGUCAUAAAAGUCCACGAGAUGGUGGUGGUGAUGGGGAUUGCAGUGGAAGACCAGGACCUGAUGGGGGCGAUGGUGGUGGAAGUCCACCAGCCGGUGGAGGUAAUAGUAGGGGUCAAACACCACCUAAGAGUGAACAUGGAGAUCAGCCUGUACCUACUACUGGCCAUGGUACUGGAAGCAUCUCGGAAACCGGUCAGACUCAACCUCAACGGGACUCAUCGUCUGCAGCUCGAGAAUCGGAGAGCAGCUCACUUCGGGGAUCUACUGAUCCAUCAAACAAAUCAUCAUCUAGCAUCUGGCCACUGAUUGGUCCCAAAAAGAAACCGGAAUCAUUUCCAGACUCCAACAAAGAUCCACUCAUCGCAGCUUACCUAUCCCUUAAACCUCCUCCUCGAUGUCGACCAGGUUCAAGCUCUGGUAGACCUGAAUCAACCCUCUUACCUCCCGAGUCUGCCGACGACUCCCCCUUUGAGACUAACGAAGACCUUCUCCCUACUCACACUGGUAUCACUACAUCUGAAAUGGUUGAGUCUGCUUCGGGUACUAGUGGAAAGACUUUCGGUAAAGGUGCUCAAACUCCUGGAACUGGUCCACGACAAAAUGUUCCAGAUUUACCCAUAGCUGGAAGAUCAGAUGAAGGUAUGUUGAGAUCGUCAAGUGAUAACACUGGAAAUACCCCGCUGCAACCUCCUUCACCACCAUUUCUCGACCAGCCGUCUACUCAAACGGUCCUCGGACCUGUCGUCAGAGGAAUCCCUUCUGCCACUCCAACUCCAACCUCACCUCUAGGUAUGGGUCAACCUGGAAGCCCUAGUAUCCCCAGUUCAAAUUUGGGAGAAACCACGGACAAUCCUCAUUCUACUCGGCCACAACCGACUGCUGAUGUGGCAGAAAGAGUAGGGGAAGAACACAGCGAAAGUAUCAAAGCACGAAAGAAGGGGGAACAAGAGGAACGAAUAGAGCCUUCAGCGGGUCCAUCUGGUACGUCUGGCACCACGCAAUUUCUAUUCGAAGGACCAGUCGGGUCAGUCAGACCCGAUCCAGACCGAAACAUCACCCCUCCCCAAGACGAUAUCAGCUCACCAGAGGGGUCCCCAUUAUCAUCAGGAGGUACUUCACCUGGACCACUAAUGACAUCCGGACAGCUCAUUCAUCCUCUGAAUGUACCUGAACAACAAUCCUCUCUUGACCCACGAUCGACCUUUGAUCCGGAAACGCCUCAGGGAUCAAUGGGUGGUCUCUCAUCCAUCUCCGAACGAUCUGGUGAAGGCAUGUCUACUCAUGAUUCUCACGGGACCAUGCCCACUUCCGAAUCCAUCACUUUGAUUCCCCGUCCUAAUGAAGAACCGAUGGAAUCCAUUGGUCAGUCUGUAGAUGCUGCUGCGGAUAGACUAGCCGAAAGAGGACGACAAAUGGAAAGGGAGAGAAUUGCGGCAGGUACGGAAAAUGCUGCUAUUAUCUCUAGUGUUGGGGAAAGACCACCUACUCCGGUCGACAAGGAAACUCUGCUCGAUACGAAGGGUACGAAAACGGCUGAUCCACCCAGCGAAGAGUAUUCUCAAUCUCAAGAACCAUCAUCUUCCACUCAAGCUCAACGCCCAACUUUUCCGAAGGGUACGACGGAUGAAAGUGUUGUUGAUGUCGGGACUACUGCAAAUACUGAACUACCCACCGGCGAACAAGGUCCAAGUCCGACUGAAACUGCGGCUGGUUAUCACGUAGGUGCCGUAGAAGGUGAGAACACAGCAGGAAAUAUAUAUCCGCCUGCACCUGCUCAAACUGGUCAGGUACCGUUGGUAAUUAAGCGGAAAUGGUAUAAAAGAUGGUGGGGAAAAGCCAAGCGAAUGUUGAAUUAG